AUGAGCUACGAUGACGGAGUCAGUCAAGCCGAGUAUUGCCAACUCAUUCAAAAACUAAAAGAAAUUCAAGCCAAUAAAGAAGAACUUACACGCAAUCUACAGGAUAUAGAAUAUCAAAUUUAUUGUCGGGAACGAAAAUUAUUCCAAACCAGUCGAAAAUUUGGCAAUGUAGCCACCGGAUUGAAAGUCCAAGCCAUUUUCAACGACAGCAGUCAACAUGAAAGCGACAAGAGUUCAAUGUGUAGUACAGAUUGCUGCAAAUAUGGUCGUCAACGCGCUGAACGCAGUCACAGUAGCCUUGAUGCUGGCGACGAUUGCAUGAACUUGAGUCGUAAUAGUCCUGGACAAGAAGGAGCGAUGAAAGACGAAUUUAUUUUCUCCUUGUCGUCCAUGACCUCGCCAAUCUAUCAAGAUUACUAUGCCCAUCAAGAUGAUGACUCUCACGACAUGGACAAUUCAUCGUGUUCAGACCAGCACCAUAGGACGAAUAGCGGUUCGCAGUUAUCUCCUCCAUUCCAUGCUCAAAAGAAAAGAUGGCAAGGUCGUACGAGUUAUGAUCAAGUACAGGACUUGAGCGAGACGAUGAGUAGCCAUUCUUCGUCAGUACCAUUCAAUGAUGGCCCCGACACGCUGCAAAGGAAUAAUCGACAUGGCAAUGACCAUCGAACGUCGCAGGAAAGCCCACAAGCUUAG